UAUUACGUUCUCUAAUUUUUUCUUGUGGAGCCUAUUUUUAAUGUUUUUAUAAUGUGGUUGUCAACUUAAUUACAGCAUUCUGAACAUCAUUUAGAAGAUAUUUAUGGCCCGUCCAAACUAAGCUUUUAUGAUCUUGUAACAAGGCAUGGCUACCACUUUAUGUUCUUCAUACGUGCUUCUAUUGUUAUUCUCAACUUUCCUUCUCAUAAGUUUCCAUGCCAAUUCAAUUUACUUCCAAAUUCCUCUUUUCAAUUCUAAUGAUUCCAACAUAACCUAUCAAGGAUCUGCAGCGCCGCGUGAUGGAGGAGUUGCAUUUAACGUCAAUGACAAUUAUCUAUAUCAAGUUGGAUGGGCCACUUAUGCUAAAAGGGUGUUACUAUGGGAGUCAACCACAGGUCAACUCACUGAUUUCACAACUCAUUACACCUUCUUUAUUGACACUCAGGAUCAACCUGCCUUUAAGUAUGGUGACGGACUUGCCUUCUUCCUAGCUCCUGUUGACAUUGAAAUCCCACCCAAUUCUGCAGGUGGGUUUCUUGGCCUUUUCAACUCUACAACUAAGAAUUCAACUAAAAACCAAAUUGUUCUAGUGGAAUUUGAUUCUUACCCAAAUUCUGAAUGGGGUGAGACUGUGCAGCAUGUGGGAAUCAAUAGUAAUUCAAUCAUUUCAUCAGUGUGGACUCGUUGGAAUGCUAGUCAACAUAGUGGUGACACUGCUGACGUUUGGAUAAGCUACAGUUCCACAGCCAAGAAUUUGAGUGUAUCUUGGAAAUACGGAAGCACCUCUGAUCCUCAAGAGAAAACUACUCUAUCAUAUCCAAUUGAUUUGAUGAAGGUUUUGCCUGAAUGGGUUACGAUUGGAUUUUCUGCAGCAACAGGUCUAUUUGAAGAAAGUCAUAAUCUUUUAUCAUGGGAGUUUAAUUCCACUUUGGAAGGCAAAGGUGGGAAUAACACAAGUAAGACAAGAUUAGUUAUGAUUCUAACUAUCUGUUGUGGUGUUAUAGUAGUGGGAAUAAUUGGAGCAGGUGGAUUCCUUUGGAGGAGGCAAAAGAAAAGCAAAAAGGAAGCGGCUAUGAAUUUAACCUCAAUCAAUGAUGACCUUGAAAGAGGAACAGGGCCAAGAAGGUUCUCUCAUAGGGAGCUUGCUUUGGCUACAAACAAAUUUUCGAGUGACAGAAAGUUAGGUCAAGGUGGGUUUGGAGCUGGUUUUAAAGGUUAUUUUGCUGACAUAGAUUUAGCAGUUGCUGUGAAGAAAAUAUCAAGGGGCUCCAGACAAGGGAAGAAAGAGUAUGUAACUGAGGUCAAAGUGAUUAGUCAAUUGAGACACAGAAAUCUUGUGCAACUCAUAGGUUGGUGCCAUGACAAAGGUGAGUUUCUGCUUGUUUAUGAGUUCAUGCCAAAUGGUAGCCUUGACACUCAUUUAUUUGGUAGAAGGACACCUCUUCGUUGGAGUGUGAGGCACAAGAUAGCUCUUGGAUUGGCCUCUGCUUUGCUUUAUCUGCAUGAAGAAUGGGAAAGAUGUGUGGUUCAUAGGGAUAUUAAAUCAAGCAAUGUUAUGUUAGAUUCUAAUUUCAAAGUCAAGCUUGGUGACUUUGGGCUGGCUAGGCUCAUGGACCAUGAACUUGGACCUGAAACAACAGGGUUAGCUGGAACCUUCGGAUAUUUGGCUCCAGAAUAUGUGAGUACAGGCAGGGCCAGCAAAGAGUCAGAUGUGUAUAGUUUUGGGGUGGUUGCUUUGGAGAUUGCUACGGGAAAGAAAGCUGUUGAUAUUAUAAAGGAUAAAGAUGAAGAAAAGGGUUUUCUUGAGUGGGUUUGGAAUUGUUAUGGCAAAGGGGAGGUGCUUAUGGCCAUGGAUGAGAGAUUGCAAAAUGAUUUUGAUGAUAAACAAGUGGAGUGUUUGAUGAUGGUGGGACUGUGGUGUGCUCACCCUGAUAUGAAUUUGAGACCAUCAAUAAGACAUGCAAUUCAAGUGCUUAAUUUUGAGGCUGAUAUGCCAAACCUUCCAUCAAAAAGACCUGUUGCAACAUAUAAUGCUCCUACAUCGCCCCCAACUUCAGGAGCAGAUUCCAUAACAAGAAGCCUUCAAAUUGGUCGUUGA